CACAUUCCAAAAUUCCAGAUCCCCAGAAGGAAAGCAGGUGUAAGCCACUGUGUUUGCACAGUUUCGAUCCAGGGAGCGUGUCUCUUCAGUUCUGGAGACAACGGGGUACCCCCCUGAAAUCCAGCCUUGCCAGCAGGCUUUUCCCAGGAGAGUAGCCAGCCUGCUGUGUCGCCCUCUUCUGCACACCAGUGUCACACAGUGAGACAGCAGCAGGGCCCAGACUCCAGCUAAGGUCUGUGCAGCUCCAAGGCCACAUCACCCCAGCUGCCCAUCAGUGUCACCUGAUUAACUCAUUUUCCCUCUCUGUUGCCUCAGUUCUUUCUUUUUGAAGAACCAGAAAAAUAAUUUACUCCAAAAGAUGAAAGAAGUAAAAGAUAACACACUGUGGAAACUAUCAUUUGAUAGAAUCUCAUCACAUUGGGGCAGACUUUCUCCAGACUGGCCAAUGUGCUAAGAAGCAUCUAAUGGGAGGUCCUACCUCAGUGUCUUUUUGAAUUUUUAAACUACAGCCCACAGUAAGAAGUGUGUUUACCUCGACUGCCCCUUCACCCAUUUGUGUGUAUGUAUGAGUAGUGUAUCCGUGUCCUAUUGCUGCUGUUACACAUACCACAAACAUAGCGACUUCCACCAGCACACUUUUAUUAUGUUACAGUCCUGGAGGCCAGGAGUUCCAAAUGUAUGUGGCUGGGCUGGAGGCAAGGUGUUGGCAGGGCCACCAUGUUCCUUCUGGAGGCUCCAGCACACAGAUAGUCUUUCCUGGCCCGUUGCCAGCUUCUGGAGGUCACCUGUAUUGCUUGACUCAUGGCUUCUCAGUCUUCAAAGACAGCAGUGGCGUUUUCUCCACUGUGGCCUGUAUCCCUCCUGGAUGAUGACUCUGUUCCCUUCCUUGGGGAAGCUUGUGGAGGGGUAGGGUUCAGGGCUGCUUGGGCUCUGGGACCCUGACAUCUGCUGUCCCUGGCCCAUGGAGGCCUCAGGCAAUGUGUGGCCCAUUGGUCAGUGAAUGAAUCAUGAAUGGCUAAGGAAGUACGUGCCUCUCCACCUGGCAGAUCCUGCCCGUUAAAGAGCUGUCACAAGUCCUUUGUGUCCUCAGCCCCAGCUGUCACAGCUUUGAUCACCCUGGAUUGUGAUUGUUUGGCUCCCUCUCCAUUUCUGGACUGGGAACCCUACAGGACAGGCAUCCCCAGAGUCGCCCAGUGCAGCACCUGGCCCACACACAGGAGCUGUGUGCAGGAUAAAGCAUAGAAAAGUCAGGAGAGCCAGGAGGUUCUCACUGAGUGUCUGGAUGGUCCUCCAUGUCCUGGUUGGAUGACAAUGCUGUUCUCUCCCUGCAGACCCCCCAAGACCCAACCUGACCUCCCACGCAGAUGGCGGUGAAGAUCUGGAGCCUCUGGCAGGAGGAAGCCCAGAAGCAACAGGCCCUGUGAACAGGAGACAUUUGCACUUGCUGUUUCAGAUGUGACUGAGACCAAGAACUCUCCUCCGAUGGAGAAUUUCUUGGAAGAAGGAUUCUCCCAGGAGAUUAUAGAGAUGUUAUCCAAGGAUGGCUUCUGGAACUCCAAUUUCGGAGAAGCCUGUGUAGAGGACACCUGGUUAGAUAGUUUGCUAGGCGAUCCGGAAAGUCUUCUGAGGUCUGAUGUUGCCACCGACGGGCAAAGUCCCACGGAAUGCAAGAGUCAUGAAUUAAAGAGAGGCCUCAGUCCCGUUUCCACCGUUUCCACGGGAGAAGAUUCUAUGGUGCAUAGUGUUUCUGAACAGACCCUCACACCAGCUGAGUCUAAGGAAUAUAGGGGUGAGUUUGGCUCCUACUUGGACCACAGCCAGCAGGAUUCUGUUCAGGAAGGGGAGAAACCAUAUCAAUGUAGUGAGUGUGGGAAAAGCUUCAGUGGGAGUUACCAUCUUACCCAGCACUGGAUCACUCAUACCAGAGAGAAACCCACUGUCCGUCAAGAGUGUGAGCAAGGUCUUGACCAGAAUGCUUCCCUUUCUGUGUAUCCGAAAACUCACAUGGGCUACAAAUUCUAUGUGUGUAAUGAAUAUGGGACAACUUUUAGUCAGAGUACAUACCUGUGGCAUCAGAAAACUCACACUGGAGAAAAACCGUGUAAGAGUCAAGACAGUGACCACCCACCCAGUCAUGACACACAGCCUGGUGAGCAUCAGAAAACUCACCCAGAUCGUAAGUCCUACAACUGUAACGAAUGCGGCAAGGCUUUCACCCAGAUCUUCCACCUUACUCGGCACCAGAAGACCCACACUCGGAAACGCUAUGAAUGUUCCAAGUGCCAGGCGAUCUUCAACUUGAGAAAACACCUCAUCCAACAUCAGAAAACUCACACUGCAAAAACUACCUCUGAGUGUCAGGAGUGUGGGAAGAUUUUUAGGCAGAGUUCGCUGCUCAUUGAACACCAGACUCUUCAUACUGGAGAGGAGCCUUAUAAGUGUAACGAACGUGGGAAAUCCUUCAGCCAUAACUCUACCCUAAAGAUCCAUCAGAGGAUUCACAGUGGAGAGAAGCCUUACAAAUGCAGUGAGUGUGGAAAGGCCUUCCGCCGGCACACUCACCUUAAUGAACAUCGGCGAAUUCAUACAGGCUACAGACCCCACAAAUGUCAGGAAUGCGUCAGGAGUUUCAGCCGGCCCUCACAUCUGAUGCGACAUCAGGCCAGUCACACCUCAGAAAAGCCCUAUAGCUGUGCUGAAUGCAAGGAGACUUUCAGCGAUAACAAUCACCUUGUGCAACACCAGAAAAUGCACACUGUCAAAACCCCAUAUGAAUGUCAGGAGUGCGGAGAAUGCUUCAUUUGCAGCUCAACCCUGAAGUGCCACCAGAGUGUUCACACCAGAGAAAAACAAGGAUUUGUUGUGAGUGGGAAGAUCUUGGAUCAGAACCCAGAACAGAAAGAGAGGUGCUUUAAGUGUAACAAAUGUGAGAAAACCUUCAGCUGCAGCAAAUACCUAACUCAGCACGAGAGGAUUCACACCAGGGGGGUGAAGCCCUUUGAGUGUGACCAGUGUGGGAAAGCCUUUGGCCAAAGUACUCGGCUCAUUCACCAUCAAAGAAUCCACUCUAGAGUGAGGCUGUAUAAAUGGGGUGAGCAAGGGAAAGCCAUCAGCAGUGCCUCCCUUAUCAAACUUCAGUCCUCCCACACAAAGGAGCACCCUUUUAAAUGUAACGAAUGCGGAAAGACCUUCAGCCAAAGUGCACACCUCUCAAAACAUCAGUUAAUUCACGCUGGAGAGAAUCCCUUUAAAUGUAGUAAGUGUGACAGAGUCUUCACCCAGAGAAACUACCUUGUUCAGCAUGAGCGAACUCAUGCCAGAAAGAAGCCGUUGGUGUGUAACGAAUGCGGGAAAACGUUCCGUCAGAGCUCAUGCCUUUCUAAGCAUCAGAGAAUUCACUCAGGUGAGAAGCCCUAUGUAUGUGACUACUGCGGGAAGGCCUUCGGCCUGAAUGCUGAGCUUGUCCGCCACCAGAGAAUUCACACUGGAGAAAAGCCUUAUGUUUGUCAGGAAUGCGGGAAAGCCUUCACCCAGAGCUCAUGCCUUUCUGUUCACCGGAGAGUUCACACUGGGGAGAAGCCCUACAGAUGUGGUGAAUGUGGGAAAGCCUUUGCCCAGAAAGCAAAUCUAACACAGCACCAGAUAAUUCACACGGGGGAGAAGCCUUACUCCUGUAAUGUAUGUGGCAAAGCUUUUGGCCUCAGUGCCCAUCUCAACCAGCACCUGAGAGUUCACAUCCAGGAGACACUUUAUCAGUGUCAACGUUGCCAGAAAGCCUUUCGUUGCCACUCAAGCCUCACCCGCCAUCAGCGUGUACACAACAAGCAGCAAUACUGCCUGUAGCCAUUGGGUGGCAGCAGAGUCCCAGAAUAUGAGACCGUCACUCUGAUGUCGAAAGUUGGAAACGAUCCCAUUGCAAGUUUCUCUCCAAAUAAACACAUCUAAGGAUUGAUUAGAAAGUUUGUGCGCAUGUUUUUCAUUAUAACAAUGAAAACACAAAAAUGGAGACGCUGUACAACGUCAGGAUUCAGAGGUAGGCUCUGGAGCUGGUCUACCUUGAGUUAAAUCCCACCUCUGCCAUCUACUUACUACCUAAGUGACCUUGGGAAAGUCAGAAAAAUCUCUCAGGGCCUCGGUGUCCUUAUCUGUAAAAUGGCCAUCACCUACCUCAGAGGGCUUUUCUGAGCAUUAAAUAAAUAAAUGUGAAGCACUUAGAACUGAUGGCCAGCACGUGAGGGCUCACCAAGUGUAAGCCACAGAUACACAUCAGCUAUAGCACAAAUAUACUUGUGUUACAAGAAAGGAAUUAGUAAUCUCUGUGUUUACUGUAGUUAAUAUUCUUAUAAUAUAUCGCUUUUAAGUUUUCCUUUUUUAAAGUUUUUCUCCAGCACUUUACUCUUCUUAAGUGCCUGGCCUUUUUUGUCCCUUUAUCUCUCUUUCCUGGUUUUUUUCUUAAUCCCCAGAAAGCCAAAAAGAACAUGUAAACUCCUAACCUCAACUAGCUACAACCUUCCACUCCUAACCUCCCAAGCCUCUCACUCAAAGAGGACUCCCUAUAUCCCACAAACACAUGCUCCCUCUUCCCAUGACCUUCCUCCAUUUAACAGUGUUGGUUAUGCAAUAAGACACCCAAUUUUUCAUGGGCGUUGACACCAAAACACAGCUGGAUUCCAUCAGGAAAGCUGCAUUAAUCAAGGUGUUAACCGCAUAUGAAGCACAACCCAUAUGGAAGACAUGCUUGGGGGUCAAACCUGUGGUGUGUGGAAGUGACCGCUGGGAUGUCAUCAUUCACCAUUUAUCCAGGAUGGCCGCUCACCAGGCAGUUUGCUAGGCUCGGGGGUGGGUAGUAUCAAUACACUAUGCACUACUGCUCUGAAGCUUCUGGAAUCAGAAAGAAAUGAAUGAAUCCAUUUUCAUAGAUGACUGCUGUUAGUUGACAAGUGACAUCUUAAAAAUGCCACAUUCCCGCAUGUCACAGGAAGUUCUGGGAUCACCAAGGAUUGUUGGAGAGUCCAGUGAGAUGGAACCACACAACCAGUUCCCUCCUGACAGUGUCUUGUCAGCUCUGGGCAUUUGUGCCCUACCACUAAGUGGCUCAGUCACACAUUUGCUGAAACAGUAGUCUUAUGAAAAGCACUGGACACAUACUUUGAAUACCUUUUAUAUUUUAGGUGCUGAAAAUGGUGAGGGGGUGAGUGCUCUACACCCUUGAGCUUUUCAACUCUUGCACCUGGACUUCAGCUGGUUAAGUUUGUUAAACUUAGUUGAAACUGGGAACCUGUUGGCUAACCAUCGGGCCCUUAUACUGUUUUUCAAAUGGCUGCAACAUUUAACUUCUCGCACAUGGUUCCCGUCCUCUGGAGCUCUGUCUUGUCUGGGAGAUGGGCAUGUUGUAUACCAAAAGAGUGUACAAAGUGUUGCAGGGCUGGAACACAAUGGGGACUCUGGAAAACUGGCAGCCGUUGGGGGUGGGGGACAGUCUGUAAAUCAGUCACCUGUGUUGCUGCAGGCCAGGGUAGAAACGCCCUCCAUGUGUGCAUAUUUGUUGGUUCUCUGAUUAAAGUUUUGAGUCUAAAA